AUGGAUCAUAUAUAUAAUAUGAUGUUCAUAGACUUUGAUUCAAAUGAUUAUUCUUUUUCACAAAUUUAAUUUAAAUAACUUGAAAUAAAAUCAUUAACAUUUAACUCUUUAUUUGACUUAUCAUCUUAAUAAGGUUCUUUAUUAAUGUUUUCAAAUUUGGAAAAUCAGCUUUUUAUAUAUGACUAUGAUUUGAAUUUAUUAUAUCAGCCUUAUUUACUGAAUGGAAAUAAAACAGUUGACAUAUACUAGUAUGAUGAUAAAACAUAUUUUAUUUUAUUGUACGCUCCUUUAUAUAACUAGGGAUAUCCUUACUAUACUUCUAGUAUAUACUUAAAUAAAACAAUUGAGUUUACAUAUUAUUAUGAUUUAAUUACUGGUACAUAAAUCUUGAAUUCUGUAAUGUAUUCAUAAAAUUAGCCGUAUUCUAAGAUGAUUAUUCUUUAACCACAAAGUCCCACUUCUACAAUAUAAGAAGGAAGAGUUUAUUAAAUAACUAAUGGUAUAUAAAGAGCAAAGAAAAUACAAACACCUAAUGAUCAAAUUCCAAAGUGUGUUACUAAUUCUUAGAAAACACUUUAUUUUGCAGGUUCAACCACAGGAUCAGUUAUACUAAUUUCAAGAAUAGAUUUUGCAAAUGCUCACUAAAAUUUAACAUCUAUUAACUAAAUUCAAUAAAUCUAAGUAUACUCAUCUCCAAAUUUAGUUUUAGCUUUUUCUAAUUAAUAGCUGAUCUUAAAAAAUGAAGAUAAUUAAGUAGAAUACCAAAUUUCUACUUUGGUUUAAAAUUCUAAAUUAAAGUAUAUAAAUGGCUGCUAAUAUGAUGAACCAUCUAAUUCAGUAUUUGUAUAUGGAGCAUUUAUUUUCUCUAGAUAAACUCAAUAAUACAUUACAAGCUUUAAACCUCCAGGAGCAACAUUAGUCAAAGGCUUUUAUUUUUCUGAAAUAAAUACUCUUGCUUAUAUAACAAAUGAAAUAAGAUAUGGAUAAGUUAAAUUUUAUAGCCUAGAUACAUUGUAAUCGACAGGAAGUGUUUCAAGCUCAUUUCCUGAUUUAGGUAUUGGUAAUCUUAUUAAUAUAUUUUAUGAUUAAGCUAAUAAUGCCUUUGUCUAUGCUGAUACUUAUGGAAAUUUUUAUUAUACUCUCUAUGGAUCUUAGUUAUAUGUAUUUAACGUUAUUGGAGUAUAUGAAUUUUAACAAUAGUUAAUUUCUAUACCUCUAAAUUUUUUGGUAGAUUUUAAUACUAAUUAGAUGUAUAUUUACAACAAAAAUACGAUUUGGAUUGCAUAUUAUAAUUUGCUAAUAAAAACUGGUAAAAAGGUCAUGAAUUAUAAUUAAAAAUACUACUUCACUCUUUAAGAACUAAUUAAUUACUUCUCAACUUAACGUAACAGCAGUGGAUGGAUCAUAAUACUUAUUUAUAUCAUUGAGUUCAGGUGA